GUUACUUUUUUACUGGUAAUGUGAAAGAAUAAUAUAAAAACUUGAUUUUCCUCAACAACAUUACUUUCUUUUGUAAAUGUGGUUUCUAGAAAGAUGAAACAAUUAAAACUUACAGGUUUUAUUUUUUUCUUGUGUUUUUUGACUGAAUCCCUAACUCUGCCCACACAACCUCAGGAUGUAGAUAACUUCAGUAGCACUCAAAAAUUUAUAGAAGAGAAUCUUGAAUACAUCACCAUCAUUGCAUUCGCUCAGUAUGUCCAGGAAGCAACCUUUGAAGAAAUGGAAAAACUAGUGAAAGACAUGGUAGAAUACAAAGACAGAUGUAUGGCUGACAAGACACUCCCAGAGUGUUCAAAAUUACCUAAUAAUAUUUUACAGGAAAAAAUGUGUGCUAUGGAGGGGUUGCCACAAAAGCAUAAUUUUUCACACUGCUGCAGUAAGGUUGGUGCUGAAAGAAGACUCUGUUUCUUCUAUAACAAGAAAGCUGAUGUGGGAUUUCUGCCUCCUUUCCCUACCCUGGAUCCUGAAGAGAAAUGCCAGUCUUAUGAAAGUAACAGAGAAUCCCUUCUAAAUCAUUUUUUAUAUGAAGUUGCCAGAAGGAACCCGUUUGUCUUCGCCCCUACACUUCUAACUGUUGCUGCUCAUUUUGAGGAGGUGGCUAAAUCAUGUUGUGAAGAACAAAACAAAGUCAACUGCUUUCAAACAAGGGCAAUACCUGUCAUACAAUAUUUAAAAGCAUUUUCUUCUUAUCAGAAACAUGUCUGUGGGGCACUUUUGAAAUUUGGAACCAAAGUUGUACACUUUAUAUAUAUUGCGGUACUCAGUCAAAAGUUCCCCAAGAUUGAAUUUAAGGAGCUUAUUUCUCUCGUAGAAGAUAUUUCUUCCAACUAUGAAGGAUGCUGUGAAGGGGAUGUUGUGCAGUGCAUCCGUGACACGAGCAAGGUUAUGAACCAUAUUUGUUCAAAACAAGAUUCUAUCUCCAGCAAAAUCAAAGAGUGCUGUGACAAGAAAAUACCAGAGCGUGGCCAGUGCAUAAUUAACUCAAAUAAAGAUGAUAGACCAAAGGAUUUAUCUCUAAGAGAAGCAAAAUUUACUGACAGUGAAAAUGUGUGUCAAGAACGAGAUGCUGACCCAGACACCUUCUUUGUGAAGUUUACUUUUGAAUACUCAAGGAGACAUCCAGACCUGUCUAUACCAGGGCUUUUAAGAAUUGUUCAAAUAUACAAAGAUCUCCUGAGAAAUUGCUGCAACACAGAAAACCCUCCAGGUUGUUACCGUUACGCGGAAGACAAAUUCAAUGAGACAACUGAGAAAAGUCUUAAGAUGGUACAACAAGAAUGUAAACAUUUCCAGAAUUUGGGGAAGGAUGGUUUGACAUACCAGUACCUUAUCAGACUCACGAAGAUAGCUCCCCAGCUCUCCUCUGAAGAACUGGUCUCUCUUGGCAAGAAAAUGGUGACAGCUUUCACUACUUGCUGCACACUGAGUGAAGAGUUUGCCUGUGUUGAUAAUUUGGCAGAUUUAGUUCUUGGAGAGUUAUGUGGAGUAAAUGAAAAUCGAACUAUCAACCCUGCUGUGGACCACUGUUGUAAAACAAACUUUGCCUUCAGAAGGCCCUGCUUUGAGAGUUUGAAAGCUGAUAAAACAUAUGUGCCUCCACCUUUCUCUCAAGAUUUAUUUACCUUUCAUGCAGACAUGUGUCAAUCUCAGAAUGAGGAGCUUCAGAGGAAGACAGACAGGUUUCUUGUCAACGUAGUGAAGCUGAAGCAUGAACUCACAGAUGAGGAGCUGCAGUCUUUGUUUACAAAUUUCACAAAUGCAGUGGAGAAGUGCUGCAAAGCAGAGAGUCCUGAAGUCUGCUUUAAUGAAGAGAGUCCAAAAAUUGGCAACUGAAGUCAGCUGCUGGAGAUAUGUAAAGUAAAAAGCACCAAAGGUAAGGCUUCCUAUCUGUGUGGUGAUGAAUCUCAUUUCCUGAGAACAAAGUAAAAGGAUUUUUCUGCAACUGUCGCCUGAAAUCGUAUAUUGCAGCAAGCAAUAAACACAAAAUUUUGUAAAGUUA